ACGCAGUUCCGUUUUCCCCGGGGGCGUGUCACUGACGCUGGACUCACGUUCUCGUUCUUCUGCCUCGUUCAAACGUUUUAAAUUCACUUUAAACACUUUUACCUCGAGUCGUGACGUUUACACCGCGGAGUCCGGACUUUAAACUAACGCGUCCUGUGCGUGUCACAAACAAAAGCCUCUGUUUUACGUUUAAAAGUGACGUUUUGCGUCGCGUUCCUCUGCCUUCGCCACACGCUGCACUUUAGCUCCGAGGCUAAAACCGCCGCUUCACUUUUCAACAAACGCGGAAAAAAACACGAAUAAAAUCAAUAAAAUCAUGGAUCAAACUUCAGUCACCGCGCCGAAGAGCCCGUGGGGUUGUGUGGCUGUAGCGCCCCCUGCCUGUUCUCUCUCUGAGGUGAUGAGUGAACAGUUGGCCAAACAGCUGGAUGAGGAGAACGCACUCUUCACCGACGCCUCCGACCCGGUGCUGGAGUUCCCCCUGGAGGACGUCCCGGACACAGACUCGGACCUGAUGUUGGCUCAGAUGCUUCAGAUGCAGUUUGACCGAGAGUUUGACGAGCAGCUCAAGAGAGAAGAGAAGAAGUUCAACGGGGACAGCAAAGUGUCCAUUUCCUUUGAGAACUUCCGCAUGGUUCAUCCGUACGAGGACAGCGACAGCUCCGAGGACGAGGUGGACUGGCAGGACACCAGACACGACCCCUACAGGGCAGAAAAGCCUCAGGUGACUCCUCGGAAAGGCUUCGUGGGAAAAGGAAAAAACAUCACGACCAAACACGACGAGGUUCUGCCUCUGACCUCUUCUUCCUCUGGACGCUGAGCCUCUGAGAACACGGCCAGGAUGGAUCAGUUUGCUCCUGAGGUGCAGGUUGGAGAUGGUUUGGGGAUGGACCUGAAAUUGUCCAAUCAGGUGUUUAACUCCCUGAAGCAGCACGUGCACAGUGAACAGAGACGCAGCGCAAGAGUGCACGAGAAGAAGGAGCACUCCACCGCCGAGCAGGCCGUGGACCCGCGCACACGUCUCCUCAUGUACAAGAUGGUGAACGCCGGAGUCCUGGAAAACAUCAACGGCUGCAUCAGCACCGGGAAAGAGUCUGUGGUGUUCCACGCCCACGGGGGCAGCCUGGAGGAGGAGCCGGUCCCGUCGGAGGUGGUGCUUAAAGUUUUUAAAACGACUCUGAACGAGUUUAAGAAUCGAGAUCGUUACAUCAAAGACGAUUAUCGCUUCAAAGAACGUUUCAGUAAACUGAACCCGAGGAAAGUGAUCCGCCUGUGGGCCGAGAAAGAGAUGCACAACCUCGCCAGGUUGACCCGGGCGGGCGUCUCGUGUCCAGACGUGGUCUUGUUGAAGAAGCACAUUCUGGUGAUGUCGUUCAUUGGAGCCGAGCACGUCCCCGCGCCCAAACUCAAGGACGCCGUUUUGAACGAGGACGACAUGAAGAAGGCCUAUCACCAAGUCCUGGGCAUGAUGAAGACGAUGUACGAGGAGUGUAACCUGGUGCACGCCGACCUGAGCGAGUACAACCUGCUCUGGCACCAGGGGAAGGUGUGGGUGAUCGACGUGAGUCAGUCUGUGGAGCCCACUCAUCCUCACGGACUCGAGUUCCUCUUCAGGGACUGCAGGAACAUCGCCACGUUCUUCCGUCGCAGGGGGGUGCUGGACGCUCUGUCUGAGUUCGAGUUGUUUAACGUCGUGUCUGGUCUGGAUUUGUCGGUGGAGGCGGAGGACGAGGCUCACUUCAUGGCCCAGAUCGUGGCUCUGGAGAAGAGAAACGAGGAUCACGUCCAGAAACGCGGGAAGAAGACGUUUCCGGUGAACAGCGAGGACGACCCACCGCUCAAACCCGACUGUGACGAUUAACGGAAACACGCGAGAAAACCACACGCCGGCCACCGCCACCAGGGAGCGCUCUUCCUCAUCUGCGGCCAAUCAGAGCCAGCCAACAGGUCACAUGGCCCGCCCGGCUGACCAAUGGCUGAUCGGUUUCUCGGAUCUAUAUUUUUGAAGGUUUUGUGGGUGAAAAAAAAAAAAAUAGGAAAAGAGAAACGGCCAAAAAAGUCGACUAUAAAUAUUUCCCCUGUU